UUGGCUCCGUGAGCAGCCAAUGAGGGAAGCGUUUGUUCACAAGACUCUGCAGUCCAUGUGAGCGACAUUAGCAGCUGGAAACAUGCUUCGUCGAGAAGUGAGACUGAGGCGGGAGUAUCUGUACAGGAAGGCACACGAGGACCGGCUCCGUACAAUAGAAGACAAGAAACAGACCCUGAAGGGCGCACUUGAUGAAAAUCGUCUCAUCCCAACUGAGGUGCGCAAAGACGCCCUGCAGCUGCAGAAACUGCUGGAGUAUGACGAUGAAGGGGCAGAAGGAGUCAGCUCUCACAUGGACGAUGAAUAUAAAUGGGCUGGAGUGGAAGAUCCCAAGCUCAUGGUUACAACGUCCAGAGACCCGAGUUCAAGACUAAAAAUGUUCACGAAGGAGGUGAAGCUGAUGUUUCCUGGAGCCCAGCGCAUGAACAGAGGAAACCACGAGAUAGCCGCGCUGGUGCGGGCCUGCAAAGCCAACAACGUCACAGACCUCGUCAUCGUUCAUGAGACAAGAGGACAGCCAGACGGCCUGGUGGUUUGUCACUUGCCAUUCGGGCCCACAGCUUAUUUCACACUUUACAAUGUGGUCAUGAGGCACGAUGUUCCCGACAUCGGCACCAUGUCCGAGGCCUACCCCCACCUCAUCUUCCACAAUUUCACGUCUCGGCUCGGCAGGAGGGUUUCAAAUAUCCUCAAGUAUCUCUUUCCAGUACCAAAGGAUGAGAGUCGACGUGUGAUCACAUUCGCCAAUCAAGAAGACUACAUUUCUUUCAGACACCACACUUACAAGAAAACGGACCACAAGAACGUGGAGCUGACAGAAGUAGGACCACGGUUCGAAAUGAAAUUGUACAUGAUCAAACUGGGCACCCUGGAGAAUGAGAGCACUGCAGAUGUGGAGUGGCGCCACCAUGCAUACACACACACGGCAAAGAAGAGGAGGUUCCUCAGUGUGCAAUAAGAAAAACAAUAAAGGAAUACAUAAAGCAUAAACCACACAUUUUAUAUUGCACCAUGUCUGAAUUUGUAAGGUUUAUUUAAGUCUGACAAAUUAGAGAGUGGAAUUGCAUCAUAUCCUUUUAUAAGUAACAGUACUGUUUGAGUAAAUUGGGGCUUUUAUUUUGACAUCCCUACAUGCAAGACCCAUACUGUAUUACAUAUCCCAAGAUGUUUUGUAAUAAAGAUCAGAACUACUAA